CGCCGCGAACCACACCGCACCACACACACGAACACACACCUCUUGAUUGGCUCCUUGGCUCUCUAGUUGCCUGCAAUAGCACCACUAGCAGCAGCAGCGACCGCGAGAGGGCGGCUGCAGUUGGACCGCCGGCGAGGGAGCUGCCAUCAUCAUGCAAGGGGACCUGGCGGAGAAGAGGGGGAAGGUGAAGAAGGGGUGGCUGGCUGUGCGCGUCGGCCAGGCGCAGGCGGAGCAGCAGGGCGACGGGUUCCGGCGGUUCGUCAUCCCCAUCGCCUACCUCUACCACCCGCUGUUCCAGCGCCUGCUGGAGGCGGCCGGGGACACGUACGGCUACAGCUCGGCCGGCCCGCUCUGGCUGCCCUGCUCCGUCGACGAAUUCCUCCGCCUGCGCGCGCUCGUCGACCGGGAGACGGCGCACUCGCACUCCUCCUCCUCGCACCGCGUACACGCCGGCGGCUACCAGCAGCAAGCCUACUCGUUCGCCCCGUGCACCCGCGUAAAACUCACGUCCUGAUCGACCCACAUCGAUCAUCGAGCCCCGGCCCGCCGGCUUUCGUUUGUUGAGCACCGGAGAGAUCAAGCGGCGGGAGUACAUCGGCCUGCCGGAGACAACAUUCACACAUGUACAUGUAUACGUACAUAGAGAGAGAUACCAGAUAUGGAGGUGCAUGAGAGGCAGUCAGUAGGUGAUUACUGAUUAGUCAGUUACCGGCGAGAGCAGGUAUAGCACAGGCCAAGAUUUGAUUGGUCCUUUUUGUAUUGAUUGGUAUCAGGUCGCCUGAUGAAACCAGUAGGCUUUUGGAUAUAUUUUUUCUAGGAUUAAAGUGAUUUAUGUUGUAAGACAACAUCAAAUGAGAAGUUAGGGAAUCUUCAACACUGAUCUCCAAACCGAACACAGCAUCCGUCCACGGAUUAGAGAAAACCAGUUCGCCGAUACGGAUGUAGGAGCGGACCAUCUAACUAUAGCUGCAUAUAUUUCAAAUCGGAUUUCAGUUAAUCAGACGAUUUUGAUCAAACGCGCCGAAUUUAUCAAAGUUCGGAUAGAAAAAUAGACAAAUCAUCCAUAAUAGCAUGCAAAUGUGUCUACUACUCCCUCCGUUCCUAAAUAUAAGUCUUUUUAGCCAUUUUAGAUAGUCUACAACAUACAGAUGUAUAUAGAAAUAUUAUAGAAUGUAGAUUCACUUAUUUUGCUCCGUAUGUAAUCAUUUGUUGGAAUCUCUUGUAUUUGGGAACGGAGUGAGUACAAUAAUAGUUCAACUCA